AUGAUUUUAGAGGAGAGAUUCAAACAAAAAUGCAAAGAAUUGAAGAAACGUGUAUUGGAAGUUGAAGAAAGUAACGAGAUAGCAACCAUUGCUCUUAGUAGAACACUGGCAUCAAUUAGACGAUUAAGAUUAGAAUAUUCCAUACUAUUGGAAAGAUUAGAAGAUAGAGCCAAACAAAUCCCGGAUGGAAUAGUUAGUUUUGAAGAAAUGGCAUGCCCACCAACUCCGACUAUCUUAGAUGAUUCUUUAAUUAAAUCAAAAAAUGGAUCUAAAAAAGGUUCUAAAUCCAAAUCAAAGACAACAGGGUCUGGAUCCGGAAGUGGGUCUGGAGCAAAUGCUAGUGGUUCAGGAGGAUCUGGAGGAGGCAGUGGUAAUGGUAGUGGAGGAAGUCCAUCCGAUGUUGCAAGCACGACUAUGGGAAAACAAAAGGCAAGAGACCCAGAUUUGCCAAAGCGUCCUACUAAUGCUUAUCUAAUAUUUUGUGAAUUGGAAAAGGAAAGAAUUAAACUGGGUGAUCCAAAUGCCAGUGACAUAUCAAGAAGUAUGACAGAAGCAUGGAGGAAUUUAAGUGAAGAAGACAGAAGACCUUAUUUUAAAUUAUACGAAGAAGACAGAAUUAGAUACCAACGUGAGAUGACCGAAUAUCACCAAAGAAAAGAAGGAGGAGAACCUGAAUUGAAGAAACAAAAAAUCGAACAGAAGGAACAGCCUGAAGAAACCGAACAACAACAAGAAGAACCACAAGAAGGAGAGCCACAAGCUGAAGAGCAAGAAGAAGAAGAAGAAGCACAACCCGAAGAAGCACUUGUCGUUGACACGGCACCAACUGAACCAGUUGAAGUUCCUGCAUCAUCUCCUGCACCAAUAGUUUCCGAACAAGAAACUGUUCCACCUACUGAAAUCGAAGUUGAUACUGAAGUAACAUCCGAACCUGAAGUUGAACCAGAAACCGAGGCUAGUGCUACCCCUGCUGCUGCUGUUGUUGCUCCUACUGAUACCGAAGCUGCUAUCAACACUGAAACUACAGAAGGUUCAGAAGCUCCACAAUCUGAGAGUAAAGAUGAACCAAUGAAUUAA